CCAUGGUACUCGGACGAUAGAAACAACAAAGUGGAGAGGAUGUGGAGUUGGAUGGCGGAGGAAAUUGAAGAAAGACAAAGGAUCAAAAAGGAAAAGGAGGAGAUUAAGAGGAAGGAGGAGGAAGAAAAGAAGCGUAAAGAAGAAAAAGAAAAGCGUGUUGCUGAUCAGAAAGACAAGGAGUUCAAAGCCAGUAUUGGGAAGGCAGUUGAGGCGCAAAUGCGUGUUGUUUGUGAAGAAGUGCUUGGGAGGAAGGUAGGACAAGGGGAGCAACCGGCUGUGUCUGCAACGGCUGAAAUUCGGAGGCGUGCAGUUGACAUUGAUGCGGAUGGCAAGAAGAUCGCAGAGAUGGAAUCCAUACGCACCAAGGAUGAAGAGAUUGCUAAGUUGAAGAGAACUAUUGCGGAUAUGCAGAGAUUGUCCUGCCAAUCGCAGGGUGUGCAGCAUGAUCAAGAAUUGAAUGCUUUUCGGCUGGAUAAUCAGCACUUAAUCCAGGACGUCAUCAGUCUGAAGGAACAGGUGGGCGAGCUUGUGAGAAUCACCAAGACGGGUGGAUCUGCCUCGACGGCGGUACCGGUGGUUGUGAGAGAGAAGGGGAAGGCUGUUUGUACCCCUACGGCGGGAGAUUAUGCUAAACUGUCUUAUGCAUAUAGAAAGGUAAGGGAUGAUAAGGACAUGGCGGAGAGGGAGGUUCUUGCUCUCAAGGAAAGAAUCAAUAGGAUCGGCGCCUCCAUGAGAACUCCCACUAGCGUCAAGACGAAAAGAGUCACGCGAAAGAGUAUCUCCCCACCUUCCAAUCUACGUAUUAGGCUGACGAAGGCAGGUAGCCCGACGAAAGCUGGAGGUAGUGGCAGUAAAGGUCCUGGCGGAGUGAAAUUUGUUAAGCUCAAAGAUGAAACACGUGAUGAUUUCGGCAAGCGUGUGUGUGUUGAACUAUCGAAGUUGAAGAAGAAGGAGAUUAGAGUUGCUAUGUGCGGAGGAAUCACUAAGCUAUGUGACAAUCAGAGCAUCGGCAACGGACAUUGCUGAGGUCUACACUGAUCGAGCCUUCAGAAAGGUAAGUAAAGAUGAUCAUGUGCCGGAAAACU